GAAGGGGAGGAGACAGGAGGAACGUUUUGCACUUGUGUUUUUUGAAGCAGUCCGUCAACGUGUUUCGUCUUCAGUGUGUUACACUUUGUGUUGCCAUCAUGCCUGCUGCAAAGGGCAUCAAGAGGAAAACGUCCCAUGGUGUGAAAGAUGACAGAGAUGCGAAGAAAGUUAAAGUGUUCCACAGGAGUCAUGGCAAAGAAGCUGGGCAGGUUCUUGUUCUGGGCCAGGGUGAUGUUGGCCAAUUGGGUUUAGGCGACAACAUCAUUGAGCGAAAGAAACCAGCUCUUGUAACGCUACCUGAGAAAAUUGUGCAGGUGAUGGCUGGAGGCAUGCAUACUGUGUGCCUAAGCAACACUGGUCAUGUCUACACUUUUGGCUGUAAUGAUGAAGGUGCCCUUGGACGGGAAGUAUCCGAGCUGUGCUCCGAGAUGAUUCCAGGAAAGGUGGUACUGGAGGACAAGGUGGUCCAGGUGUCGGCUGGGGACAGUCACACAGCUGCACUCACAGAAGUUGGAACAGUGUACAUCUGGGGAACUUUCAGGGAUAAUAAAGGAGUAAUCGGUCUUUUGGAACCUAUGAAAACAUCUCCCCUUCCAGUCAAAGUGCCCAUGCAUGAACCUGUUAUGAAAACUGUAUCUGGUAAUGACCACCUUGUACUGCUGACAGUGGAUGGACAUCUCUACACAUUGGGGAAUGCAGAGCAGGGGCAGCUGGGAAGGGUGCCUGAGGUGUUCACUGAUAGAGGAGGCAGGCAGGGACUUUCCCGGCUGCUGGAUCCUCAGAAGGUGACACUCAAAAGAAAGGUUGAGUUUGUCGAUGCUUUCUGUGGGUCAUACAGUACCUUUGCUUUGUCAAAAGAAGGGAGUGUGUAUGGAUUUGGCCUGUCCAACUAUCACCAGCUUGGCACAAAAAGCAUCAGCACAUGUUUUUUCCCACAAAAACUGUCAUGCUUCAAGAACUCUACCACCUCUUGGGUUAACUUCUCUGGAGGACAACAUCACACACUGUGCCUUGAUGUUGAAGGCCAGGUAUAUAGCUUGGGUAGAGCAGAGUAUGGUCGUCUUGGUUUGGGCCAAGGUGCUGAAGAGAAAAGUGAGCCUACACCUGUGAUGGGGAUGGAGCCAGUCGGUGGAGUAACAUGUGGGGCAUCUGUCAGUUAUGCCGUCACCAGAGAAGGAUCUGUUUAUGCCUGGGGCAUGGGCACAAACUUGCAGCUGGGCACAGGUGAGGAAAGUGAUGAGUGGAGCCCCGUGAAGAUGACAGGCAAGCAGCUGGAGAACUGUGCAGUGUAUGCCUCCAGUGGAGGGCAGCACACGGUGCUUUUGGUGAAAGACAAACAGGAGAGUUGAUGUCUCCCUCAGGCAAAAUGACAGGCCAUCUUUUGAUUGAUUUUGAGUUGGGCUUUGGUAAUGUAGCUUAAGUAUGGGGACGGGGUUAAUCUAAAUUUAACUUCUAAUGCUGAGCCAGGGCAGCGUACACUGUGCAGAGGAUGGGCUUAGUUCCUUAUGAGAAUUCUCUCUGUGGGAGGAAAAAAAAGUUGAUGGUUCAUUGCAAACUGCUCUAUUUUUUUUUCUUUUAAUUUUUGUUUUAAAUCAAGUUUUGGGUGCUUCAUUUUAGUAUGUCUUUCAAUAAGUCAUUAGAGUGACUGAUAGUACGUUUGAUGUUUAUGAAUGUGCGUCUAUAAUUGCGGGUGUGUUCACAUACACCUUGGCAAAAACUAUUGAAAGUUAAUAUUUCCCAACUGAAGAUGUUCCUUUUUAACAAUACAUGUAACGUCAAAUCUGUCUACUUUAUUUAAAAAUAGUAAUUACAAGAUGAUAUGAGUUACUUUACUAUGUCAGAUUCACAGUGGACCACCAGGUUACAUAGAAAAAGAUUAAUCAAUCUUUAAAUGACAUGGAAGAUUACAGAAAACAAAAUCACUGGUAAAAUCUCUGAAUGAGUAAUUGGCAUAAUUUGGGGUUAAUUGGGUCUACCUGAAGAAUUACUGCUGUGUUUGUGUGUGUGUGUGCGCGGGGGGGGGGGGGGGGGGGCUCAAUAAUUGAGCAAAUUGGUUUGUAGCAAAAUUUUGUAUCUACAUAAUUUUAGUUCCUUCUUAGAAGCCGUCUGUAAAAGUUUCUUGCUGCCACAAUCGAUAUAGUUUACUACAGAAAAAUAUGAAAACCUUAGGAACAUAAGGACAGUAAACGAGGAAGACGGACAGUAAUUAAUGAACACAACAGUGAACUGGAAGUGUGACUCGGGCUGCAACGAACUUUCAUAAUCACUUAUUCAGUUGUUUUCUCGAUUAAUCGAUUAGUUAAUAAAAUGGUGAAAAAUGUCCAUGUUGUCCAGAGCUGAAGAUGAUUCCUUUGUGUCUUGCUUUGUCCAAAACCCCAAUUACAGCCAGUUCUGAGUAAAAUAAACCAGAAAGUUAUCAUAUUUAAGAAACUGAUAUCACAUUUGAAUAUAUAUGUAUAUUUAUAUAAAAAUCAAAACUAUCAGAAACAAUUGUUGGGGGUUAAUUUGAUUUAUCAGUGAUUUGUUGCAGCUUUAACUGUGACAGCGGUUCCCCUUUAAGACGACCGCUAUGACCUGGAAGAUAGAGGAACAAGUUACUCAAAAGUCAGCAUAGUAAAAGCUAGACAGCAGUUUAGUUGAUUACCAGGGUAAUGCCUGACAGUCAAGGGCUGAGUCUUUAUUUUUAAUGUCAGUUUAGGUUGAGUGUCUUCUCCUUCGUGGUGGACAGGUCAAGAUAAUAGAGCACUCUCUUAAAGAGAUGUCACAUUUCUGUCUGAUGCCGCCAACCUCCUUCAGUUCAUUACUUUUGAUUUAAAAAAUUUUUCAAAUCUCUUCUCACUGCCACCUGCACCCUCUGCUGUAUUCUUCAAUUAGUUCCUUAAAAAUGGACAGAGCUUCCCUCAUUAACCCAUAAUUAUGUCAAUUACGUAUUCAUUAACUUGUAAAAUGAUUUUCAUUUAUUUGUGGAAUCUUCCAUACUGUUUAGAGGCAUUCGUUUUGGUGUGUGUGUGAGUGAGAGUGUGAGAGACCCCGUGAACCACUGAAAAUCUGACAUGAAUAAAAUCUGACACAAAUCUGUUCUAUCAGUUUUAUUUAAACAACGUUAUCUGGAAAUAAAAUGGACAUUAUAAUGGAUCUGCCUGCUUUUAAAGUGGAUUAUAAAGGUUUUUCAAAGGUGUAUGUGAACUUAUGUCUGCAACUGUACGAUUAACGAAAUGACUGCACACCUUUUCACGCUGCAAGCCUUUUUACUGUUUUGUUUGGUAUCACUUCAGACUGGAUUUUUUAUGUAGUGUUGGUUUCAUAUGUGGGACUACUGUCUUUUAUCGAUGCCACACAGUUGUCUGGCCAUUUGACUGUGUGGACAUUUCAAUAAUGCCACUGUAUUCUACAUUUUCCUGUCUGAAAAUAAAGAUAAUAUUUUACACGAUGAA